AGGAAACUAAGGAACAGAUAGAAGGACUGGAACAGAAACUGAAACAGUUAGAGAAGGAAAAGCAACAGCUGUUCAUGCAGUUAAAGAAGGUGCUUAACGAAGAUGAAAUCAGAAAGAGACAGCAACAGAAGGAGUCCAAUGAAAACCAACCGAUGAAAAUGCCAAUGGGCAACAUACAGAUUCCGAUGUUCCCGAUGUCAACAUCUACAGGGCAAGGUGAACAAAUACAAUCCAGGGCAGGCCACCACCUCUCAGUUCCCACAUGCUGAACAAGCAGACCAUAGUCCGCGGGCCCAUCCAAGCCGGGGCGAAGCGAGCUCGCAGCCCCUCCCCCACAUACGCGCUGUAUUCCCAGCGCCUCCACCAACCGCCCAUGAAACAUCAGCCGGUUUACUCCGACCACAAAGUAGAAGACGGCCGCAUGGGCCGGCAAAUGCGGGCCGUACUUUGGAACAAGCCGUCCCAGUACGGGGGCAAUUCCGGGUCCGUGACAUCAGGGGCGUAUUACGCCAUGCCGACAUCCGGGGUGGUAGUGGGCGAGCGGCCGCCACCGCUGUUGUACGCGCACCACGCGCACACGCCACACACGCCGCACACGCCACACACACAUCAUGCGGGGCUAAUGUACGCCGCGCCGCAACCGCAGCUGUACCUGGACAUGCUCAACAAUAGAGAGCAGCAUGCCGAGCCCAAGAAGGACAAGCAGGGCCAGCAAGUGGUGAUCGGGCUGAGCGAGGCAGUGCACCCGUCAGUGAGCACCGCCGUGGUGUACGCGCCCGCCGGCCGGCAUCUAGUGCACCAGCCCAGCCACAUGCAGGUGCAGACAUCGAAACCCGGCAGCAUAACGCAAGGCUACCCCGUGCAGUCGAGCGCCAGCGUGCAGAACGCCACCAUGUACCCGAGCCGCCACCGCUACUAGCUAGUGCUGUACCGGCCUGCCCCGCAGUGUGGGGCUGCCGGGAAGUGAGCUACUGACUCAGCCCGAUACUCCACUAUCAUAUGUUUAUCAUAGAAAUAUGCGCAUAGGCAACAUGCCGUCCUUUUUCUUCACGCUGUAGAAAAAAAGAGGCAUACAGACCUAUGAUCAUAUUUCUAUGAUAAACAUAUGAUAGUGGACUAUCGGCCUCAGUGGUGGGCAAGGCCCGCGGAAGGAUUUUAUCAGGCCGCGAAAGGAUUUUUAAAUAGGGUAUGAUAUAUCCAGCACUGCACUAAAAUAGUACAUUACGAUACAAGUGCGAAAAACAGGAGCUUCGAAACGAGUGGCGAUAAAUUAAAACACGUCCGAAGGGAGGAAUGGUACAUUACGAUACAAGUGCGAAAAAAAGGAAGUUCGC